AUGACAUUAUCUCUUGAUCAAAGGAAAUUCCAAGAUGAGGUACUCUCUCGAUGGAAAUCAGAGGUAGGAAUUCCAAAAUCGGAUUCCGUAAAUCUCGCUCAGCUCCAGCUCUACCAAGCGACACAACUUGGCCUAGGCCAGAUCCGCACGCGCAAUGACAUCGGCAAUGCAAAGCGAGGAGAUGUCAUUGGCGACUCCAUCACGCAAUUGGCAUGUGGGGGUGAAUCGCAACCUGGGGGACCAUUCGACGUUCCCAGUGAUCAGGUACUGACAUUCCUCGAAUCUCAGAAACGUGGUUACCUCGGAGAUGGGACAUCAGUUGCCGUUCAAGACGAACUAGAUGUGGAAACAGAUGAUCUCGAUUCCCAAGCCAGAAGGUGA